UUGAUUUGAAGCAGAAAAAAUGGCAUCCAAUGAUACAGAAUUAUUAAAUAAACUUGUCGAAUCGAUUAAAAAAUGUAAAUUUGAUCGUAAUAUUGUAACAAAUCUAUCCUGUUAUUAUAUGGAUCGUCUUUUAGUUUGGAAUGAUGAUGAUCAAUGUAUUUAUGGUUGUUUAUUCGAUGAUCGUUAUAAUAUUACAGCAAUACAGAUUAUAACAUUAUCAUCAUUGCCAACAUUUCAAAUCAAUGAAAUAUGUUUAAAUCCACAAGAAAAUUAUCUAGCCAUAUAUGGUAAAAAUGGCUGUAUGAUUGUUGAAUUACCAAGAAAUUGGUCUUAUUGUCGAACUGCCACCACCACCACCACAACCAGUGAAACAUUGAUUGAUAAGGUCGAUCCAAAACAGAAGCAACAACAAACGACUUCCAAAUUAUUGAUCAGAUCAUUUUCAUUGGCCGAACGAAUGUUUCUAACAAAUCGUAAUCUAAAAUUAGAAUGUUUACGAUGGCAUCCAAUAUCCAAACGACAUUUAAUUAUAUUAACUAAUGAUAAUCGUCUUAGAUUAUUUGAUAUUUUCAAUGAAUAUGAACCAAUUAAAACCGUUCAUCUUGGUAAUGAUUAUAAUUCAGGUCUUUAUUCUGGUGCAUUAGGUGAAAAUGCUGUUUCAUUUGAUUUUGGUCCAUCACUUUCACAAUAUCAUAAUAAUAACAAUAAUUUAUCAAUGACAAUGAAAGAAUUGAUUGAUAUUUAUUCGAUAUUUGUUCUGAAAGAAAAUGGUGAUGUUUUAUUACUUUAUUUAAAUCUAAAAGAUUUAACUACAUUUUAUUGUCAACAUCAACCAUUAAAAAUGCUUCCAGCUGCUGAAGAUAAUUAUGGUUCGGAAGCAUGUUCUAUUCUUUGUUUGGAUUGUGUACCACCUAUUAUAAUUAUUGGUACUUGUUCUGGCCUAUUAUAUCAUUGUUUAGCAAUUGAAAAUGAUUUAAACAAUGAUGAUGAUAACUGUGAUAAUUCUUCAUAUCAAAUAUCAACAUCUAAAUCGACGAUCAUUAUACCGGAAACAGUAUUAAAUGUAUUUGAAACUAUUGAAUUAUCAUUUCCAUUGGCAACAUAUCAAAUUAUGGAUAAUGGUCAAUAUAAUAAUGAUAUGGAUACAAUUAGUACGGCUUUGAAUUUGAUAGCCGAUCCUAAAGAUGGUCAACGUUAUUAUUGUCAACAUUCAUAUGGUGUUCAUUGUGUGAUGGUACCAUUUUUCAAACAAAUAGUUAAUCCAACUAUAAACAAUGAAUUUUAUGAUGAUAAAGCCAUUGUUGAAUAUUUAAUUUGCACCCGACCAACUAUUGAUAACGAACAACAACAACAACAAUCACAAUCAAAUGAUUGUCCAACUUUUCCGGUCGGCAUUGGACUAACUAUUAAAUAUGGAUUUACAUCCAUCACUGUCAUAUUGAAUACGGGUGAAUUAAUCAGUAAACGUUUAUCAAAUAUUGUAUUAUCCGAUGUUGACGAUGAUGAACAAAAUGAAAUUAGUCGUUUGAUUAAUUUGACAGAAUCUCCAUCAUUUGGACUUCAGCAACAGGCAAAAAAGCCAAAUUUUUCCGAACAUAUACAACGAUUAUUAACUAAAACAACAAGUUUACCAUUGAUAAAAUCAUCAAAAACAGAUUCAAAAUGUGGUAUGGCCGAAUUGGAAAUGUUAUUGAACUCAAUCGAUGUAUUACGUAAUGAAUAUCUGGAUAAAUAUUUUCUGGCAGCAAAAGCUAUUGAUAAACGUAAAACAGUUCUGAAUAUUGAGAUAGAUAUAGGUCGAAUCGUUUCGCCUAAAAUUGCCAAUGAAAAAUAUGAUACUGGUCAAUUCUUUUUACAUCGUGUUUUUGGUUAUCGUGGUGUUACAUUGUUCCCAUGGACAGCUAAAGUUUAUGAUCGUGAUCAAAGAAAAAAACAACCUAGUCAAACGAUUCACGAAGAACGAAAUGAAUUUAAAAUGAAUGGUGUUACACCUAAACCACAUACCUAUUAUCAGGUAUUAAUAGAUCAACGUGAUUGUCCCUAUGUGAAAGCACAAACAGAAGCUGUUACAUUUCUUGGUAAUCAUGAUAAUACACGAGCUUUGUAUGCAAUACCAGGACUAGAUUAUGUCGCCCACGAAGAUGUUAUUCCUUAUAUGAGUACAGAAUCAACAUUAAUUCAACAUCAAUUGUUUGAAAAAUUUCUCACUUUUGAACCCGAUAAAGAUCCACCUUUUGUUCCGAAAGAAACUCUAUUAGCAUGGCAAGAGAAAAAUCAUCCAUGGCUUGAAUUAUCCGAUGUUUAUCGUGAAACGACCGAAAAUAUUCGCAUUACAGUCAUACCAUUCUAUAUGGGUUGUCGAUUAUCACAGAAUAAUAAUGUCUAUUGGUGGCGUUAUUGUGUUCGAAUCGAAAAUCUUGGUGAUAUAACCGUUCAAUUGCGUGAAAGACAUUGGCAAAUCUAUAGUAUACCAGGAAUAUUGGAAUCGAUUCGUGGCCGUGGCGUUGUAGGUGAAGAACCGGUCCUAUCUAAAAAAUUUCCAGCAUUUCAAUAUAGUAGCCAUGUUAGCCUACAGGAUCCAAGUGGCCAUAUGGGAAUCUUUAAAAUGGAACGUGAAGAUGGUACAAUGUUUGAUUGUAAAAUACCAGCAUUUGCAUUGGAAAGUAAACAUCAUCAUACGAUACAUCCAAAUCAACAUCAAGGAGGCCCCGUUAAUUUAAAUCAACAAAAAAAGAAUCCAUCAAAUACUUCAGGCCAUGAUAAUAACAAUAAUCUAACAAAUAAUGAUCCUAAACAUACGAAUUUAUCAACGAAUCAUCAUCAAGAUGAUGAUAAACAAAAUUAAUUUUUACAACGAAAUAACAAAUACACGCUCGGUCCCACACACGAUGCGUAUAUGUUAAUGGAUAGAAUAUUUCGCAAUCAAUUUUCGCCAGAAUUUUGUUUGUUUGUUCAUUCUGAUCUAAGCGAUGAUAUAUUUUUUUUCUUUUUUCUUAUG